AUGCGUUUAUUCCUUUCUCUCGUCGCGCUGGGCGCCGUAACUCGGGCGGCGACCGCUGAAAACUGCGAGGACAAAACCAUUACUCGCAAAAGCAUUGCUAAAUUAACCAGGGAAGCGCGAGACGCGCAAGUGACCCUCGAUGUCCUCGUGUCGCGCGACGAUGUCGUCGCUGCGUCGCUCUCCGCGAAUGCACGCGGCAAUUUCGGAGGCUCCGACGCCCCGCAAAAAUGGGCAGACGUCACCACGUCGGGCGCGAGCCUCCGCUGCGAGGGCGGCGAGGCGUCGCAGUGCUCCGCGUGGUACGAUUGCGGCGACGCGAGCGACGCGACCGGGGCCGUCCAGGACGGCGUCCUUACGGCCGCCGUGACGAUUUCGGACGCGGUGGAGUUUGACUACUGCCCGAACGGCGGCCUGGCCGAGGUCGAGGUCAGCGUCGACUUCACCGUGAGGCGAUGUGAAAGCGAACUACCUGCGCCGGCGCCCACGCCGCGGCCGACGCCUGCGGCGCCGCCGUCCGCGAAGAGGAAGAAGCGGUCGUCAGCGCCGGCGGCGUUCGAGCUCACGAUGGCAGUACUUGUCCUGACGGUCGCCGGCGUCGGAUUCCUCCUGGCGUGCUUCUGCUUCGAUCGCGCGCGCCGUGCGCAAGAUCGGCGCGUCGACGAGAUCAUGAAGGAGGCCGACGAAAUCAAUCGGAAGGCGGACGCCGCGGUGUCAUCUUCGAGGUCUUCUCGGAGCGGCGACGUAUAA